UGAUAUUCACACCUUAAUUACCAUAUAUCUAACUAAUUCACACCUUAAUUACCAUGGAAUCCCUUCACUGGAUUGCUUGUCUCUUUACGGCGGUGCUCCUCCUCAUCUCCACCCAACUCCGUCGCCGGAAAACCCUUGCAUUGCCGCCUGGUCCUAAACCCUGGCCCAUAAUCGGAAACCUUAACCUAAUUGGCACCCUUCCCCACCGAUCCAUCCACGAACUCACACUUAAGUAUGGACCGAUUAUGCAGCUAAGGUUCGGUUCUUUCCCUGUCGUGGUUGGCUCCUCCGUCGAGAUGGCUAAGGUUUUCUUAAAGACCAUGGAUGUUACGUUUGUUGGUCGCCCAAACUUGGCUGCCGGAAAGUACACCACUUACAACUACUCCGACAUCACGUGGUCACCCUACGGGCCAUACUGGAGGCAGGCCCGUAAGAUGUGCCUCAUGGAACUCUUUAGCGCAAAACGGUUGGACUCGUUCGAGUUUAUCCGAGUCGAGGAAUUGAACUCGCUUCUUAAAAACAUGUUUAAUUCGGCUGGAACAUCUAUUUCGCUGAAAGAUCAUUUGACUACUUUGAGUCUUAAUAUCAUUAGUAGAAUGGUUCUUGGAAAGAGGUACUUAGAUCAGGACGAGAAUUCAGUGGUAUCGCCUGAAGAAUACAUGAAGAUGUUAGAUGAAUUGUUCUUGCUAAACGGAGUGUUCACAAUUGGCGAUUCAAUUCCUUGGUUGGCCUUCUUGGACUUGGAGGGAUAUGUGAAGAGGAUGAAAAUCUUGGCGAAAAAGUUUGACAAAUUCCUUGAGUACGUUCUUGACGAGCACAUCACCAGGAGGUCUAUCGAUCAUGACAAAUUUGUGGCCAAAGAUAUGGUGGAUGUGUUGCUACAACUAGCCGAUGACCCGAAUCUCGAGGUCAAGCUCGAAAGACACGGUGUCAAGGCUUUUACUCAGGAUCUCUUAGCGGGUGGAACCGAGAGUUCAGCUGUGACAGUUGAAUGGGCAAUGUCAGAGAUGUUGAAGAAGCCGGAGACCUUCCAGAAGGCACAAGAGGAGUUGGAUCGCGUCAUUGGCUCCAACCGAUGGGUCCAAGAGAAGGAUAUGCCAAAUCUCCCUUACAUCGAGGCUAUAGCAAAAGAAACGAUGCGGAUGCACCCAGUGGCUCCGAUGCUCGUGCCUAGGGAGUCAAGGGAGGAUUGCAAGGUGGCAGGCUACGACAUUCCUCGAGGAACUCGAGUCCUAGUGAGCGUGUGGAGCAUUGGGCGAAAUCCGACACUGUGGGAUGAACCAAACCAGUUUAACCCAGAUAGGUUCAUUGGGAAGGCAAUCGACGUGAAAGGACACGAUUUUGAGCUUCUUCCGUUCGGGUCUGGUAGAAGAAUGUGCCCCGGCUAUAGUUUAGGACUAAAGGUGAUCCAGACUAGCCUGGCUAACCUCUUGCAUGGGUAUAAGUGGAGUUUGCCUAAUGGGAUGAGCCCAGAGGACUUGAAUAUGGACGAGAUUUUUGGCCUUUCCACUCCAAAGAAAAUCCCGUUGGUGACUGUUGCUGAGCCUAGGCUUCCACACAAUUUAUACAAAUAAUUAAUAAUAUCAUAUUAAUUAAUUAAAUGCACCUUGUAAGACCUAUAUAUAUAUAUAGGUUAUAAAUAAAUUCUAUUAUAUGAGUUUGAUGGAUUGUUUAUCCCAAUAGUUUGCAUGAUUCAGGACCGUUUUGAUAAUUAAUGUAUUAUAUAUGUAAAAAUAUAAUAAAAUGUUAUUGUUUU